AUGGAGUUGAAGAUGGUGCGCGAGGCCGACUCGUUCCGCCCCACGGUGCUCGGUGCCCCUGGCCGUGUGCACGAGGAGAUUUUGACGGGUCGCGACACCGAAAUCACCUGGGAAGAUGUCUAUCAGGGUCAAGAUGGUUUGCGUUUGGGUUUGUCGACUGGUGGUGAUGGCCAGGCUGUUGGGUGGACGGAUGAGAUGGAGCGGAAACUGGGCAUGGGGAAGUGGUAG